CAGUGGAAGCUGGGCAAGUGCAUCGGCCAGGGGAGCUUCGGGUCGGUCUACACGUGCAUGGACGAGGCCACGGGCGUGCUCAUGGCCGUGAAGAUGAUGGCCAUCCCGACGUCGUCCGCGCCCGGCGGCGCCGGCGCGCCGCCCCAACCGCGCGACGGCCGGCCGAGUAAGCCCGAGAGCGAGCUCCGCGCGCUCUGCAGCGAGAUCGAGAUCAUGCGGAGCUUCGAGCACCCGAACAUCGUGCGCUACCUCGGCGCGGCCGUCGACGAGCCGAACCUCCAGCUCUACAUCUUCCAGGAGUGGGUCCCCGGCGGCUCGCUCGCGAGCCUGUCCGCGCACUACGGCGCGCUCAGCGAGCCCGUCGUGCGCCGCUACACGAUCCACAUGCUCCGGGGCCUCGAGUACCUCCACGCCGCGAACAUCAUCCACCGCGACAUCAAGUGCGGCAACGUCCUCGUCGACGAGGGCGGCGUCGCGAAGCUCGCGGACUUUGGCGCGUCGCACCGCCUCGGCGCCGACGGCACGCUCACGGCGGACAUGAAGCUCACGAUGCGCGGCACGCCCUACUUCAUGGCGCCCGAGGUGCUCCAGCAGGACAAGUUCGGCCGGAGGUCCGACGUCUGGUCCGUCGGCGGCGUGAUACUGCAGAUGGCGACGACGCACCCGCCGUGGAAGGUCAUGAACUUCAAGACGCCCAUGGCCCUCUUCUACCACGUCGCGUCGACGACGGACCCGCCGCCCAUCGACACCUACGCGCUCUCCCUGCCCCUCCGGGGCAUCAUCCUCCGCUGCUUCGAGCGCGACCCGGAAAAGCGCGCGCACGCGGCCGAGCUUUUAGGGGACCCGUUCCUCGCCGAGUUCCGCGAGGACGAGUCCGACGACCUGAGCCACAGCGACCCCCUGAACAACACCGUGAGCCGCAUCGAGCGCGUCGCGACGCCCGCCACGGCGCCGAGCCCGCACCGCGCCGCGCCGCCGCCGCCGGGAAACGCGGGCAACGGCGGCGGGAACCUGUCCUCCCUCAAGAUGCGCAUGUCCCUCCGCGCGAGCACGGGCGCGUCCUAA